AACCUCAGAAACGUCACUUGCCUUUUCCUCGUACCUCUGUCUCUAUCUCUGUGUCUCUCGAUCAAUUGUCCUCCAAGCUAAUAACCAUCCCUUGGCUCUGCACAUAAAAUUCGUUUCGGAUUCGAUUUGUUCGUCGCGCUCGUACAGACAAACGAUGGCACUGCAAAUCCGCGCGGAGAAGAUGGAACUGCGGCAGCACUACAGGAACGUUUGGCACACGGAUCUCCUGAGCACCAUCAGCGCCGAUUUCCCUUAUUGUUGCUUUGCAGUGUGGUGUGGUCCGUGUGCUUCAUUCAUGCUGCGCAGGCGAGCUCUUUACAAUGAUAUGUCGAGGUAUACAUGCUGUGCUGGCUUUAUGCCAUGCAGCGGUAGGUGUGGAGAAAGCCAGUGCCCUGAAUUUUGUCUUUGCACUGAGGUUCUCUGUUGCUUCGCAAACUCGGUCGCCUCAACCCGGUUCCUUUUGCAAGACGAAUUCAACAUACAGACAACGCAGUGCGAUAACUGCAUCAUUACAUUCAUGUUCUGCCUCCAACAACUGGCGUGUAUAUGUUCCUUGGUUGCUUGUUUGACCGGAAGUGAGGAAAUCGAAGAUGCUUCGCAGUGCUUGUCUUGCUUAUCCGACAUGGUUUAUUGCUCGGUCUGUGCAUGCAUGCAGACCCAACACAAGAUUGAAAUGGACAAGAGAGAUGGUAAGUUUGGGCAACAACCUGGAAUGGUCGUGCCUCCAAUGCAGCAGAUGUCGCGGAUCAACCAGCCAGUUCCUCCUCCAGCCGGACAGCCGCCACAACCAGCUUAUGGGCCGCCACCUUAUGGAUAUCCCCCUCCUCCUCAAGUUCAAGGUUAUCCGCCUCCGGGUUAUCCACCUGCUGCUUAUCCUCAUCCAGGACAUCCGAGAUGAAGAAUCAGUGCAGCUUUCCGGCAAAAUAUUAUUCAACAUGUGCAUCUCAUUAUUUCAAAGAAGUGAUUGUACAACAAUAGCAUUAACUAGUCACAUUUCCCUAACUUUUGUUGCUAUUGAUGGAAGACAUUAGCCGACGGAUAACUAUAUACCCAGGUGUGUGUUUUCCCUGUCAUUAAGUGAGUGCAGUAAUAGACAAAUAAUCUUAUCAUCA